UCUCAAGCCAGACGGUUGACUACUGGCCGCGUGCUGAACCAGACCAUCGAGUGAUCCGGAAAACCCGUGCCUGCACCGUGCUCUCCGGGGGAAAAGCAAUAGUUGCCACUGCCAAGUCCGUCCGAAGGAUUAGGAUUCCAGUCCGUUGAGACCAUCGGAGUGCCGAAUCGCCACACGUAACUGCCAAGAGUGACGAAAGCGGGAGAAAAAAGAUAGUGGCGACGUAACCGUUACGCUUAAGUGCAAGCAACUGUUGCAUUUGCCAAUUUGCCCCAUUUUGUGUGUCCGACUGAGCGUGCUUCGGUUGGCGAGUGAGUGUUUGAGUGUCGGAGUGAGUGUCGCCGCGAGUGUCUGACUGUUUGGGCCCGAUUUGUGAGUGCCUGCGCCCUCGGCCUUCCGAUGCGGCCCACCGUCGAGGUCAAGGGUCGUCUGCUGACGACCCUCCUGCUGCACUGCCUCGUGGCCAUGCAGGUGUGCGGCCGGGCCGGCGCCUUCACCCUCCUCUCGCCCUUCAGCUACAGCUCGCUGAGCUUCAAGAACCUGCUCAACUCCGUGCUGCUGUCGAGCAAUGCCAACCUGGCCGGCGGCGGGCGGAACCUCAAGUCCGACGUCCUCGAGGACGCCUCCCUCAUCACGCCCAAAUUAAUACGCAAAUAUGGAUAUCCAUCGGAGACCCACACGGUGGUGACGAAGGAUGGCUAUAUCCUGGAAAUGCACCGCAUUCCCAAGAAGGGAGCCCAGCCGGUUCUGCUGAUGCACGGCAUCCUGGAUACCUCGGCUACGUGGGUGCUCAUGGGCCCCAAGUCCGGAUUGGGCUACAUGCUAUCCGAUCUGGGGUACGACGUGUGGAUGGGCAACUCGCGGGGCAACCGGUACUCGAAGAACCACACCAGCCUGAACAGCGAUUACCAGGAGUUCUGGGACUUCACCUUCCACGAGAUGGGCAAGUACGACCUGCCGGCCAACAUCGACUACAUCCUGAGCAAGACAGGAUUCGAGCAGGUGCACUACAUCGGUCACUCGCAGGGAACGGCCAUCUUCUGGGUGCUGUGCUCCGAGCAGCCCUCCUACACCCAGAAAAUAACCUCGAUGCACGCCCUGGCCCCCAUCGCCUACAUCCACGACAUGAAGAGCCCCCUCUUCCGCACCCUGGUCCUCUUCCUCGACUUUCUCACGGCCGCCACACGAAUGCUGCGCAUCACGGAAUUCAUGCCCAACACCAAAUUCCUAGUGGACCACAGCCAGGUUGUGUGCCACGACAACGCCAUGACGCAGGACGUCUGCUCGAAUAUCCUGUUUUUGGUCGCCGGCUACAACUCCGAACAGCUGAACAAAACAAUGCUGCCCGUGAUGCUGAGCCACACACCCUCGGGAGCGUCCAUCAAGCAGCUGGAGCACUUUGGCCAGCUGAUGAAGUCGGGCCACUUCCGGAAGUUCGACCGGGGCUACCUGCGCAACCAGCUGGAGUACAACCGGAUGACGCCGCCGGACUACGACUUGUCCCGGGUGAAGGUGCCGGUGGCCCUGUACUACUCGGUGAACGAUUUGCUGGUCUCCACCACCGGCGUGGACCGCUUGGCCCGGGAGCUGCCCAAUGUGGUCGACAAGUAUUUGGUGCCCAUGGAGCGGUUCAACCACCUCGACUUUUUGUGGGCCAUCGACGUGAAGCCACUGGUGUAUAACCGCCUGGUCAGGAAUGUGCGGCGGGUGGAGAACCACAGGGCCAAAUUGACGGCCAACUUGGCCAAUUACUUGGCCAUGCAACUGCAGCGCCAGCAGCUCCGCCAGCAGAUGCAGCAGCAGAUGAUGGAGGGACUGGCGCCCAAUGUGCACCUGCCCCACGGAUUGGGCCUGGAGAUGCUGGCCAGAGCCACCACCAUGGCUCCUCCUGCUGCUCCAACCACGGCCACGCCCCCGACGACGACGACGACGGAGGAGGAGGAGGAUGAGGUCCUGACCACCGCAACCGCAACGGAGGUUCCGGCGUGACUUUGAUGCCACCCGGCCCUGCUCUUUUCGUUCCAAUUUCAUAUGACUGUGAUGACAUUUUUAACAAUCUACCGAUCGCAGCAUCGCCAGGACCUCCAGCUGGAGGACCUCAGGUGCAAUCACUCAGGCGCAAUCCAUUCCCAUGCAUCCAACAACCAUCCCACAGAGAGCCCCAAUUUUGACACGGCCACUUUUUUCACCAGAAUUGUUCGAUCCGU